UGGCCGGGACAAUAUCGUAAUUUCAGUACCUGAACAGCUUUACUAUAGGUACGAUAUUUGAAAUUUGCGGAGCCACGCCUUCUCGAUACACUGCAUAUCGCCACAACCGAGUUUCCAAGCCCUAACCAGCAGAGAAGAACACACUCGAACAUGGAUGGACAUGAUGCGGAUGACUCAAAGCAGAGCACUGCUGACAUGACAGCAUUUGUACAAAAUCUUCUUCAGCAGAUGCAAUCAAGAUUCCAGGCAAUGUCUGACUCUAUCAUUACAAAGAUUGAUGAGAUGGGAAGCAGAAUUGAUGAGUUAGAACAAAGCAUUAAUGAUCUCAAAACCGAAAUGGGAGUGGAGGGCUCUCCUUCUCCUUCAAUCCCUUCCAAGCUGAAGAUCGAACCUGGCUCUCCAGUUCCGAAGAUAGAAUCUAAGUCCGGCGAUGACUCAGUUUAAGAAGGUUGACAACAUACUCUCUGAUUUAAACUUUCUAUUCCCUGAUUCUGUGAGCCUUUUUGUUUUGGAAUACGUAAAAUGAGUAGUAAAUAGAAUAUCAUCAACUCUCAGACAAAGUUCAACAUUUGUGUUGUUAAAAAGUCUGUGUUGUCAUUUUCUCUGGCCAGUAAUAGCUGGAAGCUUGAAGUAUCAAUCUUUUUAAUUAUUGAAUCGAAAUCUAUCAUUUUUUUUCU